AUGUCUGCAACAUCAGCUGCCUCAACAUCCGACAAUACAAAGAAGAGAAAAACAUCAUUGAUGAUGGAAGCCUCGGAGGCUACUGAAAUUUUUGAAAAUGAUCAGAAUGAAAAGUUGAUUGAUGAAAUUUCUGAUGCGUUGCAUAGAUUGUCCCUCCAGAAGCAAACUGAAGAAAUGAUCAAGAAAUUGGUCGAGCAAAAAGAUCAAACAAGUGGUGAGAGUAAGAAAUCAUCCACUUUUGAUAAACUUGCAAUUCUUCAACAAAUGCAACAGGAAGAGAUGGUAGUGUUAAAAGUUGGUGGUAAAUUCUUUUAUACAACAAUGAAAACUUUGAUGGGUGAAAGAGGUAACUCUAAAGUUCAAACAAAGAAAAUUAUUAUUGCUGAUAAAGUUGGUAAAGCAACUGCUGGUAAGAAGAGAGGUGAAGAUGAAGAAGAUGAAGAAAUGGAUGAAGGUGGCGAUGAAGAAGGUGGUGAUGAAAUGGAUGAAGAUGGUGAAAGACCAAAAGAAGACGGUAUCUCAUCACUUGAAUAUGUUUGUGCUCAAGAUAACUUGUUUAAAGUCAUGUUUGAUUCUGGUUUUGGUAUUGAAAGAGAUGAAGCAAACAAGUCUGCAAUUUCAUUCCCUGACAGAAAUCCAGAUUAUUUCGAAUAUAUUUUAGAACACUUAAGACAAGGUGGUAAAGUUAAAUCUUUGGGUAUUGAAAAGUUGAAUGCUGACGAAUUAGAAAAUAUUUUAGAAGAAUCAAGAUAUUUUGCAACUGAAAAGUUAUCAGAAUAUAUCUUAUUCUUACUUGACAAGUAUCACAAAUAUGAUUCAAAUUUAUCUAAUUAUGCUGAAAUUGAAGAAAUUUUGAAUGAUUCUGUACAAAAUUUGAAAAAGGUUGAAAUUCCACUCGAACAAAUUCAACAAAGACUCAAAUCAUUUGAAGAUUCAAUCAACGAAUCCAAGAAGAGUGUUGGUGAAUAUUCACGCAAAUUGGUUGAACAAUAUCAAAACUUUAUUUUAGGUACUGAUUUAGAAAGUGAUUUAUCUGUAAAGAUUGAUGUUUCAGGUCAAAUUUUCACAAUUCCAUUCACAAGUUUGAGAAAGUAUGAGAAUUUCCUCCUUUCAAAAUACAUCUUAUCACCAAACUUUGGUUUAAAUGAAAAUGGUUGUGUAUUUAUUGAUAGAAAUCCAAAGUUAUUUGCCCUUAUUCAUGGUUACAUUAUCAGUGGUGGUAAAUUUAAUCAUUUCCCAAAGAAUCUUUCACAAGAAAAGAAACUUCAAUUGAAACAAGAAGCUGAAUUCUAUGGUUUGACAACACUUGUUCAAGAAUAUCUUGAUCCACUUCGUUAUCCAGUUGAAAAGAUUGGUAAAGAUAAUAUUGAAUUGAAAGAAAAGGAAGAUAAAUUGAGAGAAAUCUUUGCAAAGGAAAGAGAAUCACCAUUAUUGAAUGAUCCAUAUCUUUUAUUAUCACCCCUCUUCCAAAAUUUAGAAGAAAUUAAGAAUCAAGAAAAGUAUAGAAUUGAUAUUGGUCACUGUCCAAAAUUAUUAGAUUUAACAGAUAAGACUAGAUAUUCUAGACAAGUUUCUAAACCAAGACUUGUUAAUAAUUUGAAUGGUUUCAAAUUGAAUUGGCAUAGAUUCACUCAAGGUGCUUUGGAUGGUCUUGAUUGGAAUAAUGUUUUUGCUGCAGGUGGCGGUAUUCUUGGUUGUUGUUUGAAAGAUGAUAAUUUUGAUAAUAAUACUGCAGUCUCAACAAUUUAUCCAACUUCUGUUAAUGAAAGAACUGAAACAAAUACUUCAAGAGCAGUAUCAGUCAUUGAUGAUGAAAAUGAUGAAAAUGAAGCUGCUGAUUUUGGUUUUUGGAGAAGAUUUUCAAAGAAGGCAACAACUAAAUCUACAGGUGAAGAAGGAGAUGAAGAAGAGGAAGAAGAAACAGAACAAAAACAAGAAGUUAUUAGCAAGUAUCCAAUUGGUAGAUUCCACAAUUUAGAUUCUAUGGGUAAUUCUACUUUAUACAGUCAAUAUAGCAGUCAUUCCUAUGCAAGUCUUGAUCAAAGAAAGGCCCGUUCCUCUGAACUUGCUAAAACUAUUUCUGAAUCCACUACCUCAAACAAGGAAAAUGCUCGUUUUAUCCCUGAUGCCAACAUUCCUGCUCCAUUUAAAAAAUCAGAUAUCGAUCUUUUCUUAUAUGCUUUGAGUGAAGAAGAAGCUGAAGAAAAGAUUAAACAUAUUUAUCAAACUAUCAAGAAGAAUAUGAGUAGAAGAUUAUUAAUGAAUUAUGCUGGAGAUAAGAUGGAACAUAAGGGCUACUAUUCUCAUUUGAAGGAUGAAGAGAAAGCUAAAUGUAUUUAUCAAGAUGGUAUUAUUAGAACUGAAGAAGGUACUUUGAUCAAUGAUGACGUUUUGGUUGUUAGAACUAAAUUUGCUGUCACAUUCUAUUGUUACAAACUCAGACCAAUUCAAGUUGUUUUGAGAAUUUACAAAUCACCUGCAGAAGUUUUGUUAGGUUUUGAUAUUGAUUGUGCAACUAUGGGUUUUGAUGGAAAUCAAGUUUGGUCAAGUGCAAGAGCAAGAAGAGCUUUAAUGUAUCAUACUAAUCUUGUUGAUGUUGAUAGACAAUCUACAACUUAUGAAUAUAGAUUGUACAAGUAUAGUAAGAGAGGUUUCUCUGUUUCAAUUCCAGGUUAUGAUACUGCUAAAGUUCAAAAUCAAUUGUUACAAUAUCCACGUAGAUUCCCAUUCACUUCAACUGAAUAUUUGUUGCACGGUUUAGCAAGACUUAUUGCUUUUGAUAAUUCUUGUCGUGCUAAGAAUCCAAAACAUAUUUUAGGUGUUUAUGAUGAUCGUGAUCCAAAUGCAGCUCAAUUAAGAGAAGAAAAUAAGGCUCUCAUCCUUUCUGGUGAAUUGAAUGUAAAGUCAGACUAUCUUGAUUUGAAUAUUAUCAAAUCAUAUAAGUAUCCUCCAAGCUUUAUCUUUACUACUUUAGAAAAGACUCGUCAGAUUGUAUCACUUAUUAAUUUGAAACCUGAAGAACAAAGAGACAUUAAGAAUUGGCGUGAUAGAGAAAAGAUUAGAAGAACUUUCAGAAAAGGAGAAAGUGUUAAAUUUGAUAGUAGAUUGAAAAAUAAUACUAAUAUCAAAAUGGAAAGAGAUCCAGAUUGGAAACCUCACUUUAUUUAUUCUUUGAAUGAUAUUGAUACUGUUCUCAAUAGUGAAAAGUUUGAUGCAAGAAUCUCCAACAAGAUUCAAUUCCUUACCGUUGAUCCAGGAACUCAGAAAAUUGGUUCCUUCCAUCCAAAGGAUAUUAACUUUUAUAGAGAUGCCUAUCAACCAGUUCCAUUCUCUAAAUUACCAAUUUUGAAGGAAGCCAAGAUGAGAACUGUUUGGUUCAAGGCAAUGACUGAACUCCCUCCUCAACAUGUUAUCGACGAAAGAGAAAAACAUGUUAAGGAAAAUACAAACCAAUACGGUUUUUAUAAUGAUAAUAAGGAUUACACCAAGGAUCCAUUCGAAGAAAGAUAUCAAAAAUUCUCAAUGUCCAGACCAAAUCCAAAUUCACAAAACAUCUAUGACAAGUGGGUUCAAGAAGAAAUUUGGUUUGAAGCAUUCACACCAGAAGAAAGCAACAAGAUUGAACAAGAGUUUAGAAAGUUUAUUGUUUAUGGAAAUCCUGAAAGCUUUGCAAUUUCAGGAUCUGAACUUAUUGACUUCUCCUAUUGGAGACUCUUCCUUGAUAGUAACCAUCCAACUCAUCCAAACACUGCUGCUGCCUUGCAUAGAAAGAAUUUCUGUGAAUCUGGUCAUUACUUUGGAGGAAUUGAUGAAGAUCAAGUUGGUACUGUUACAACCCUCUCUUACAGAUCUUUCUAUUAAACAACUCAAUAAAUAUUGAUAUUAUCC